GGGUCGGGAAGCAAAACGACUGGCUUUGAGUUUGGACGGCGUCGUGGCCAACCGCGACGUGGGUAGCGUCGGCUUUACUCCUUAUCUGACCCUACUGAGCUCAAGCAAAAUGGCCAAAGAAUCGACGAAGAAGACCAAGACCUCGACGGUGGCCGAUGUCGUGUCCCGCGACUACACGAUCAACCUCCACAAGCGUCUGCAUGGAGCUACCUUCAAGAAGAAGGCUGCCAAGGCUGUCCGCGAAAUCAAGAAGUUCGCCCAAAAGGCCAUGGGCACCACUGACGUUCGUAUCGACUCCAAGUUGAACAAGUUCGUCUGGUCCCAAGGUGUGCGCAACAUUCCUUACCGCGUCCGUGUCCGUCUCUCGCGCAAGCGUAACGAAGACGAAGAUGCCAAGGAAAAGUUGUACACCCUCGUCCAACAUGUCCAAGUGUCGACCUACAAGGGGUUGGGCACGGAAAACGUCGAAGAAUAGGUUGAGAGUCGCCUAUGUCGACUUCAUCGUGCAACUCGGUAGAUCUAUCAGGGUGAGGGCCUCUCGAUGGAGUGGAUUCUAUCACAAUGUCUCCAGAUAUUGUAAGAACCAUAAUGUUGGGGUGUGGGUUCUUGAUCACGA